AUGUCCAAGGUCUGUCAGACCCAAAUCCCAAAACAAGCAGCAUGCUUUCCUGGUUCAGGCCAAGUGAUCCUUUCGAAUGGCAGCAAAAAGUCACUUUCUGAUAUCCAAUACGGUGAUCGAGUUUUAGUUGGAGAUGGGACGUUUGAAGAAGUACUCGACUUUAUUCAUGCUAAUCGUGAUCAAGAAUCUCAAUAUUUGCGCAUUGAAACUCAAAAGUCAAUGGAACCUCUUCUUAUCUCUGCUAAUCAUCUGAUCUUUCUUUUCAAAAAUAAAAAUGACGAAGCCAUCUUUGCUGGAAAUCUUCAUGUUGGUGAUCAUCUCAAACGAAUAUUGGACAAUGGACAGACUAUAGCUGAUGAAAUUGUAGACAUUCAGUUGACAACAUCGAUUGGAUAUUAUGCUCCUCUUACACCUUCUGGAACAAUUGUUGUUAAUGGAAUUGUUGCUUCAAAUUAUGCUGUCGUCUCCAAUCAUCGUCUCGCUCAUCAAACAAUGAGCGUUUACCGAUUAUGGAUUAGGAUUUUCGGUCCAAUACUCCUUGGAGAAAAGCACGAACAAGAAAAUAUUCAUUGGUUGCUACAAGGCAUGGAGAACUUAGCUCAUUUUCCUAUCGUUGAAAAAUUAGCUGACAAUACAUUCUUUGAUGGAACAACCCAUUUAUCAACUCUCAAGUGA